UAUAGGCUUGCUGGGCCAGCAGCUCAGAGGCCGGCAGCCCCCUGUGCCACUCCUGCCACAGCCAGCUCGUAGGAAGCUGUGUUUGGCUGCUCAUUCACAGGGAAAGGGAGCUUCCUGCCCACUGUGGCAUGUGUAUUAGAAGGCUGGGUGACAGUGGUCAUUGUCGCAUGGUACGGCUUUCUCUAAACUUGGAGGAGUGUGUGGGGUUGGGGGCAGAAGGCAAAGUGUAGUGAGUAGGACAGCGUUGGUAUCCUCAGCCCGAACAGUCAUACUCUGCAGACCUGAGGCUUGAGACAGUGGUUCUUUUGAGUUUCAAAACCUGUGGUCACUUGCCAUGUGUGUCCUAGGUAGGCGGUCCCACAGAUGGCCCCAGGUUCCCUUGUGAAAAGCAAAGGCCAACAGCAUGCCAUUGAGCUGUUGUGGUUUUCUGGGGGCUGUGUGGGACUGGGUAAAGGGAGGGGUGGGCUUCCCAUUGGGUGGUUCCCAGUGUGAGCAUGUGGGAACCCUUGGCUUCUGAGUGCUCACGUCCUAUCCUGCCCAGCACUCAGAAGCUGAGAUCUGCAGCUCAGUGUGUUUACCCACAAUCUAGCUCCACAGUAGAGUAGCACUUUCCACAGUAUACACUAAGUACUCACAGGCAAGGCACAUGAUCUGGAGUGGACGGCCACAGUGAGAACAUCCAUGAUGCAGGUAACAAGAGGAGACACUUGGGAGCAAUAGGGCAUCUGGAGGAGGCUGGCAGGGGUCGAGUGCUCUGCUCUGUUAAUCCCUGUCACCUCCUCCGUCUGACAGUGACAUUAAGUCCGAGAAGAGGCCCCCCUCACCUGAUGUGAUCGUGCUCUCUGACAGCGAGCAGCCAUCCAGCCCAAGGGUGAAUGGACUGACCACAGCAGCCUUGAAGGACACCAGCACCGAGGCGCUCCUGAAAAGCAGCCCGGAAGAGCGAGAGCGGAUGAUCAAGCAGCUGAAGGAGGAGUUGAGGCUAGAGGAAGCGAAGCUGGUCCUGUUGAAGAAACUACGACAGAGUCAAAUACAAAAGGAAGCCACGGUGCAGAAGCCUGCAGCUUCCUCAGGGAGUGCCGUGACCACCCCUCCCCCACUCGUGCGGGGUACCCAGAACAUUCCUGUUGGCAAGACAUCACUUCAGACCUCCUCUGCUCGAAUGCCUGGCAGCAUCAUCCCACCACCACUGGUCCGAGGUGGGCAGCAGGUGUCUGCCAAGCUGGGACCACAGGCCAGUUCCCAAGUAGUCAUGCCGCCGCUUGUCAGGGGGGCCCAGCAGAUUCACAACAUCAGACAGCAUUCCUCCACGGGGCCACCACCCCUCCUCCUAGCCCCCCGUGCCUCAGUGCCCAGCAUGCAGAUUCAGGGACAGAGGAUCAUCCAGCAGGGACUCAUCCGUGUCGCCAAUGUCCCCAAUACCAGUCUACUUGUCAACAUCCCUCAGCCCAGCGCAGCCUCACUGAAGGGGACAACGGUUGCCUCUGCUCAGGCCAGUUCCACCCCCACCAGUGUGGCCUCUGUGGUUGCAUCUGUUGAGUCUCCAGCCAGCCGACAGGCUGCUGCCAAGCUAGCACUGCGAAAGCAGCUGGAGAAGACACUGCUCGAUCCGCCUCCCAAGCCCCCUGCUCCAGAGAUGAACUUCCUGCCCAGUGCUGCCAACAAUGAGUUCAUUUACCUGGUGGGCCUGGAGGAGGUGGUGCAGAACCUGCUGGAGACACAGGCGGGCAGGAUCUCUGCCAGCACAGCUGCUGCCGUGCUAUCCCGGGAGCCCUACAUGUGUGUUCAGUGCAAGACGGACUUCACAUGCCGCUGGCGGGAGAAGGGUGGAACUGUCAUGUGUGAGAACUGCAUGACGUCCAACCAAAAGAAGGCGCUCAAGGUGGAGCACACCAGUCGGCUGAAGGCCGCCUUUGUGAAGGCUCUGCAGCAAGAACAGGAGAUGGAGCAGCGGCUGCUGCAGCAGGGCCUGGGUACUGCCAGCACCAAGGCUGAGCCCACAGCCCCACAUCCCACGCUGAAGCAGGUCAUAAAGCCCCGACGUAAGUUGGCGUUCCGCUCAGGAGAGGCCCGUGACUGGAGUAACGGGGCUGUGCUACAGGCUUCCAGCCAGCUCUCCCGGGGCUCAGCCACAGCCCCUCGUGGCGUUCUGCACACAUUCAGCCAGUCACCCAAACUGCAGAAUGCAGCCUCAGCUACGGCCCUGGUAAGCAGGACUGGCAGACAUUCCGAGAGAGCCGUGGGCACCAGCAAGGGCACCACCUCCAACUGGAAGAAGACGCCCCUGAGUGCAGGUGGAACCCUUGCCUUCGUCAGCCCAAGCUUGGCAGUGCACAAGACCACCUCGGCUGUGGACCGUCAGCGGGAAUACCUCCUGGACAUGAUCCCUCCACGCUCCAUCCCCCAAUCAGCCACAUGGAAAUAGUGGGAGCCCGGCCCAGCUGAGGACAGGCUCUCCGCUCUCCUGCGGCCCCCUGGUCCAGGACGCACAGACUACCCUCCUAACAAGUUGCCUG